AGAGAGAGAGAGAUUUCUUAUUUUCUUCUCCUAAGUCCUAUCUUCUUAGAGAGAAGAGAGUGGUUUUCCCUUCUAAACUGUUAUUGAGCUCUUUAAGGAGAGCGAUUACAUUCCCCCCCCCCCCCCUCCCUUCUGAACUGCUUGAAGUUCUUAAAGGGAGAGGCAAUGAAGGGGAGAAGGCAACUUGGAAUUCCAAAGCAUCUACAACAAUGUUGCCUUCUAAUCUUCAUCUUCAAGAUGAUCCUCACCACUCAAGCUUUUGAUUACUCCGAUGCCCUUACCAAGAGUCUACUCUAUUUCGAAUCUCAACGAUCAGGUAGAUUACCAUCUGAUCAAAGGGUCACUUGGCGAUACCAUUCUGGUCUCACAGAUGGUCUAAAACAAGGAGUAGAUCUGAUAGGAGGAUAUUAUGAUGCCGGCGAUAAUGUGAAGUUUGGCCUUCCAAUGGCUUUCACCAUGACGAUGCUAUCAUGGAGUGUCAUGGAAUACGGAGAACAGAUUACGGCGGCCGACGAGUAUAAGCAUGCAUUGCAAGCAAUCAAAUGGGGGACGGAUUAUUUGAUCAAGACACACACUAGCCCUAAUGUCUUAUGGGCACAGGUGGGUGAUGGGGAUACAGAUCACUACUGCUGGCAACGUUCGGAGGACAUGACGACGCCGAGACGGGGUUACAAGAUUGAUGAGAGGAACCCUGGCUCUGAUCUAGCAGGGGAAACAGCGGCAGCCAUGGCUGCGGCAUCAAUCGUGUUUAAGAAAUCAAACCCACAUUACUCGAGACAGGUGAGUUGCAGAUUUGCAGACUUGUAUAUAAUGUAGAAUAUAUAUCACCAUCACGUAGGUUAUUUGAUUAACAUUCAGAUGGUCCGACUUGUUUAUUUUCUUUCUGGGUUUGAAAAGAACCCUGCCCCUUUGCGUGGCUCUAUACUUAGAUACAGGUGGGUGUGCAGAGUCCGUGCUACCCCUUGUGUAAAAUAUUUUGCAUGGUCACCCAUUGGUAGAAGCGGAUAUUGC